UCAAAUAAUAUUAAAUAAAAAACGUUAUAUAAAUAAAAAUUCCAUACUAUAAGCUAUUCUUGUAUGUGAACUUACAGCGCUUUAAAGGAACAGUAAAACCGGCACAGUUAUUCUUAGUUGCGAUAUUUCGCAACACUGUUCUUUACAUAACUAAAGAGAGCAGCAGCUUUUUACUGCAUUUGUACAUUAUCAAAAAAAAUUACAUACAAUGGCUAGCACACAAAGUAAAGACGCCUGCACCAUUUGCGAGAAGGUCGGCUUAAAGCCCUUCACCAAAGAAAACAUUUUCAACUAUUACAUACCAUUGCACGGAGUUGUUAGCUAUGGAGCGCUCAGCGUCAACGUGAUGAAUCCGCAGAUUGUGCCAAAAAUAUUGCCCAAAAAGGAUUUGACAAAUGUGUUCCUAAUCUCUGCAAUUGUUGGUAGCGCCUUCUACAUAUACGGCCGGCCACACUUAAAGGAUAUUAAGAACAACAAACGUGCAGCAUACGCCCUGCUAGGCGCCACACUCUUCAGCAUGGGCUCGGUGCUCGCCUGGGCGCUGAUCAAGUCUGCCUUGCCCAAGGACAAUGCUUUGCUGGCGACAAUCGCUGGCAUUGGCACUGGGGCUGCCGUCGUUAAAAUCGGUACCGACUACAUUCAUGAUCUGGACAAGCUUAAGAACUGAAGUGCAACGGCAAGAGAUAUAUAAUAUAUAAUAUAUAUGUAUAUGGUAAAGGCGAUUUAUGAUGUAUACUAGUUUUUGUAAAGUGUUUUCCCGAUCUUAAAACGCUCUUAAUUAAUAACUUGCAAAAAUAGUAACGCUC